AGCACCUCCUUUUUCUAUUCUGGCAGCAACCAGAAGUCAAUAUAGUUGGAACUUGAAAGAAGAACUGCCAAGUGGGCCGCAUAUACAGGAAUUGGGAACUUUUUGUCCUUUUCAAAAUGAUCCAUUUAUUUAUUUGAUUAUUAAAUAAACAAGUUAUGCUUAACGCGGAACUGAAUUCAUGAUUAAUGAUUCAGACAGUAGAUCAAAUGGGAUCCACUUCCACUGAAUCAGAAGCUAGGAGAAGCCUUAGCCACAGUCAUCUCCUGCAGCAACAAACAACAAACCACUUGAAAGGUCCUAUAUUACCGAUCCUUGUCUGCUAAAUUCAUCUGCAUGGCCAACAAUGGUGUAAAGGUGCCUUUGUUGUCAGGAUCACCCGAUGUGACACAAAAGGCUAAAUGGCGGUUAAACAAGAGGAGGCUCCUCCGUUCUAGAAGUGCUCCUGGAACAGAUUGUGUUCCUGCUGAGACAAAUGGCAAUGAACCAAUUCCCCAUACUGUCUCUAUAUUUCAGAAUGUACACCCAAGCUUUAAAAGAGUUGCUAUCUACCUUGUAGUCUAUUUAGGUGUAGGUGCUUUAAUCUUCUACCUUGUCAGGAACCAGAUUAGGGGGUUAAAAACAGAUGGAAUCCUUGAUGCUUUAUACUUCACAAUUGUGACAAUGACGACUGUUGGAUAUGGAGAUCUUGUUCCCAAUAGCGACCUUACAAAACUACUUGCAUGUGCUUUUGUUUUCUCUGGAAUGGCAUUGAUGGGACUAAUUCUAAGCAAGGCAGCAGACUACUUGGUUGAGAAACAGGAAUUUUUGCUAGUUAAAGCUAUGCGCAUGCACCAAAAGGUUGGUUCAACUGAAAUUUUAAAGGAGCUUGAGACCAAUAAAACAAGAUACAAAUUUUUUCUGGUCUUUUUCCUUGUUUGGAUUCUCAUCAUUGCGGGGACAAUUUUUCUGGUCACUGUUGAGAAAUUGGAUAUUGUUGAUGCAUUCUACUGUGUUUGUUCUACAUUUACAACCCUUGGUUAUGGGGAUAAAAGUUUCUCAACUCAAGCAGGAAGAAUAUUUGCUGUGUUUUGGAUAUUAACAGGUACUAUUUGUUUAGCUCAGGUUUUCCUUUACAUGGCUGAGCUAAAUACUGAAAGCAGACAAAAGGAACUUGUCAAGUGGGUUCUUACUAGGAAAAUGACCCAUUUAGAUUUGGAGGCUGCAGAUCUUGAUGAGGACGGAACUGUUGGGGCUGCUGAAUUCGUUAUUUAUAAGCUCAAAGAGAUGGGGAAGAUUAGUCAAGAAGAUAUAUCACUUGUGAUGCAGGAGUUUGAAGAGCUUGAUGUUGAUGAUUCUGGUACUCUUUCAGCUUCUGACAUAACGCUUGCUCAGUCAUCUUAAACUAACACAUUACAUGCUCCAAGUUGGUAUAGAGUGUUUGCAUUUUUCACUUUCAUCACGAAAUUAAGACACACCAGAGUUUUGAUGAGGAUGGAAAGUCUGAAUUUUCUUGAACGGACUGAAGUUUAUUGGUCUGUCUCAGACAAUCUAAUUGUUGACGACUCUCAAUCAAAGGUGCUUCUUAUACAUUUCAUGUAACUAUAUAAGCUUAAAAGUUUACACGUCAGAGUCUAUUCUACAUGCUUAAAAUACUCUCGUAACAUUCAGAGCAUAUUUCCCUUCUGCUUAGUCUACACUCUACACUUUUUCUUUGAUCAAGUAGAAUGAAAUCGGGGAGCUGAUUUUGAGGUUAUUAUUUGUAAAUUUUAUAGAUGAAUGUUGACACAAACUGGGUCAUUACGUGAACAAAAUUUUAUUAUUUCUUCAAUUUUUUUGUUAA